AUGUCCUCCACCGACGACGGCGCCUCGCCCAAAGAACAACUCAUCGAAGCUUCCCGCCGCAAUAACCCCAGCCUGCUCAACACCCUGCUCUCCUCCCCACCUCUCUCCUCCUCCGCCUCCCAAAUCGCAACGUUCCUCAACACCACCACCGACGCCCUCGGUGCUUCCGCCCUACACGUCGCCGCGCGCUACGGCGCCUAUGAUGUCCUAGACGUCAUCCUCGAUCAAGAAGGAGUAGAAAUUGACGGACAUGAGAAGAGAGAAGGGGAUACGGCGUUGCACUGUGCUGUGAGGUUUUGUAAUUCCCUGGCGGUGGGUGAUGAGGAGGGGAGAGCGGUGGUGGAUAUUUUGAUUGAUGCGGGAUGUGAUCCCAGGAUACGGAAUAACCACAAACUCAAGCCGGCGGACUUGGUCGAUCCGAGGAAUACGGAGUUGAGGAAAGCGCUGCAGCAAGCGGAGAUUCUGGCAGCGGCGAGUGCGGACGCGGUAGUGGAGGACGACGAGGAUGAUGUGCGGGAUGGACCGGGAAGCGAGAGUGAUUGAAGGAGAGAGCGUGGAGGAUUGUGAUUGAGAAGCAUGAUACAAACAGCGGGAGAGGAUGGAGACCAUAGAUGAUCAACAACAGCGUCGAGACAUAUCAGUGCAGUGGAGAUGGCAUACAGCAUGACAGUUCAGCUCCUGGGUGGAAUUGGGAAUGCAACGCUCACGGAAUGGGCCGCCGUGCUGUCUGUCGAGCAAUGCCAUGAUAUGGGACGCACGAUGUCAAGGUAUUGCGCCUUGGCUCAACGCCCGCAGGCUCCACGCAGGCAUUCGGACCAUACGACAACAGACACUCGAAGGAAAGGCAGGUUCAGAACGAAUCCGCAGUGCAGAGCCUCGAAUGAUCUGUUGUUGUCCAGGCACUAUACAGAUAUAUUAACGACGCCUUUGCCCAAGGCCGUCGAUCGACGGUUGAUCUUU